GGAGCGUGGCGGAAUAGAGUUUGAAGGGGUUGAGUUGAGAGUUAUAACACCCGGUAGAAAUUUCAUAGUCUUUACUCUUUAGCAUAUUAGCAACCACACGUGAUGACUAAGCAUUUUAAGUCUGAUCUGUUUACAUUUGUAAGUCUUAUGAAAGUUACCUUUUACGGAUAUCUACAACAAAAACACUUUUUACACUGUGACUUGACAAUUUGUCUUGACUCUUAACUGGCCAGAAAAUGGAUAAGAUUGCUGUUGUUGAAUAUGAAUAUCCUGAGAUAAUCAAAUCUGCUAAAACUGAAACAAUAAAAUCUUAUUCACUAGUGCCUGAGUAUUGUGAUGAAUCUUUUAGUAUUCAAGAUUCUUUGGUGGCUGGAGAUGAUCAGCAGGAAAGCGAGCUGAGUUGUGUAGUGAAUGAUGAGUUAGGAAAAACUCUGCCAGAUAGACAUAAACCUUUUGCUGAAAUGAGUAAAGCUGCUGAAGUUACAGGAGUCACCAUUGUUAAGACUUCAAAAUGUUAUUUACUUGUUGAUUAUUCUUCUUCUGACGAAUCAGUAAGCCUAACAGAUGCUUCAAUGGCUGCAAAUGAGGAUAGUGAGCUUGAUCUGUGUCGGGUAUUGAAUGAUGAGUCAGGAAAGACUCGGCCAGAUAAAACAUCCACUCUAAGGAAAGAUGUGCAAGGAAAGAAAAAGUUUUCAUUAUCCAAAGAAGAAAAUAAGGAGAAAGAAAGACAAAUUGCAGAGAAGAAAGCAGGGAAAGAACGCUUACGCAAAGAAAAGGAAGAGGAAAAGAAAAAGAAAGAAGAAGAGAGAGAAACCGAGAAGAAAAAGAAAGAAAAAGAAAAAAAGAUGAAGGAGGAAGAAAAAGAGGCAGAAAGAAAACGAAAAGAAGCAGAAAAGAAAAAGAAAGAAGAAGAAAAAGAGGCAGAAAGAAAACGUAAAGAAGAAGAAAAGAGAAUUAAAGAGGAAAAUAAAGAAGCUGAAAGGAAGAGAAAAGAAGAGGAGAAGAAACGAAAAGAAGAAGAAAAGGAAAAUGACAAAAAGGGAAAAGUUGAGGAACGGAAGAGAAAAGAAAAAUUUGCUCUAAAAUACGUGAAACAUGCCCCUGAUUUUCGAACGGAAUUUGAUACUUCUAGAAAGAAAUACUUGGAACAGAUUCUGGAAAAGUCAGAUUCUGAACCUUCAGUUGAUUCAAAUCUUCGCCAGUAUAGAGAAAAGAAAGGAAGAAGUUAUGGUGCUACUUGGCCACUCAAGGAUAAUAAUGUUGGAGUGAUUGACGAGGACGAAGCGGAAGCCCCCAUCAACAACGAAACCAUUGUAACGAUCGUCCAUCCAGUCCCUCAUAGAAUGCGACCCAAGUUAGUCCAGUUUUGGGAAAAUCGUCGUCCUGCCUAUUGGGGAACCUGGAGAAAAUCGAGUAAUACAGUGGGUCCAAGACGUCCUUUCGGCAAAGAGAUCACAUUCGAUUACGAUGUCGAUUCUGAUGAUGAAUGGGAGGAGGAAGUUGAACCGGGCGAAUCUUUGACCGAUUCCGAAGGUGAAGGCGAAGAAAAUGAGCCAGCCGACGAAUAUGAGGUAGACAAUGAAUUCCUUGUACCCCAUGGAUACUUGAGCGACGAAGAAGGAGAGGAGGAUGAAGACGAGAGAGCGCUAUCCCCGUCUGCAGCCAAAGAUAAACUAAAGUUAAAGGAAGAGCAAUUUGAGAGAGAGUUGAAGAAGAAGACGUGUUAUAUCAAACCCAGCUUGAUCGGUUGUUGCUGGUCGGAUGACUUUAACCCUAAUCCGCAGCAUCUUAAAGUUCUUGAGCGCUACGCACCGAUUGUAUUGUCUUCAACACUGCCGAUAGAACUGAAAAGUGAGGGUGAGGAGUCGGAUGACAACAUCAACAAGAAAUCGACUAAACGCUUAGUCAAUGAAAAGGAUAUACCUGACCUUAUUCGCGUACUUCAUGGAAGCUUAUACGGUAAAUCCACGAUUGUUCAAGAGUUUCAGUUGCAUUUGGAACGCAAUAGAGCCGGACAAAACCAGAAUGGUCCAUCCCAGAAGCAAAUAUUGGCCAAAAUUUCUGAAAUUGCUUCAUAUAGCAGAUGUACAGAAGCCGGAGCAAUGAGUGGAAAAAUUUGUUGGCUCGUGCAACCAAGUGUUCUUGAGCAUUACAAUCUCGCUGAAUUAUCUGUCAUUAAUGCUUGGGAAUUCGCUACCGAGACGAAAAAGCGAGGACGUAAGGCCUACGACUCUAGAUCUGAGGAGGACAUCCCACUAGCAAAGAUCCCGCGCGUGUCGCCCAUUAAACAAUUUGAUCAGCCAGCUAGUUUACCUGCUAACAGAGUUUCUUCAUCGCAGGAGAACGAGCUUCCAAAAUCGGGGAAAGAUUCAAAUGUGCCAGCUAAGCAACCAAUUUUCUCAACUCCUAAAGGGAAGAAAACGCAUCUCGUUGAUAAGUCUCCCAACAUCUGCAACCAAGAAACCCAAGAGUGAUACUAAAACAACUCCAUUAACCAAUUUCUUAAAGAAAAUGAGUGCAAAGAGGCACUGUCCAAAUUAUCAGAGAAUAUUGACGACUCAUUGGAUGGGAUCAAAUGUUUUACUUUUGAGUUAUUUGUGUCGUUCCUUUCGAGUAAUUUUAUGUUUAGAGCAUGUUUUUUUCCCCUGCAAAAUUUAUAUGUUGAUAUAUGGGAUGUAUCUUUUUUUCUGUAACCGUUGCAUACACCUAAAUUUCUAUUACACGGAUGAAAUAUA